AUGUGGGAUGUAUCACUAACUCUGACUGUGCAGCCACAGACGUCUGUGUUCAUUGGAGACAAAGUUACUCUGACCUGUGAGAUUCAUCAGUCCACUGGAUGGGAGUUUAUCUUUACCACACCAUUAAACACUGAAUCCACUGAAACUACAGGAACUAAAACAAUCAGAUCUGUGGAAAUCUCUGAUGGAGGAGAGUACUGGUGCAGAGCUGGAAGAGGAAACCCUCAGGUUUACACACAAUACAGUGAACCAAUAACAGUGACAGUACAGGAAAGACCAACACCUGAAGUGUUUGUUUGGCCUGCUGAUCAUGUAUUCAGAGGAGAAACUGUCAAUCUCACAUGUGUCAUCAAUGGAGGAGGAGUCAGCAGCUGGCAGUACAGCUGGUAUAAAGAUGAUUCAGACAUCCAGCAGAAUAAACUUCAGUAUUACACAAUCAGAUCUGUUACUGAGUCUGACGCAGGUAAAUACACCUGUAGAGGAAAUGAGACAAGAGGAUCACGAUACUCACACAUCAGUAAUGCAGUUACACUGACAGUAUCAGUUUUCUUCUCAGGUGUUUCUCCUUCAGUCUCUCUGAUCAUCAGACCCAACAGAUCUCAACACUUCUCAUCUGAAUCUCUCUCUCUGAGCUGUGAGGAUCACAGUAACUCUACUGGAUGGACAGUGAGAAGAUACACAGACAAACUGAAAACUUGUUCAUCAUCAGACUGGAGAUCUACAGGAACAACAUCUACAUGUACAAUCAGAUCUCUCAUCACAUCUGAUACUGGAGUGUACUGGUGUCAUUCUGAAUCUGGCGAGAAACUUCAUCCUGUUAAUAUCUCAGUACACAAUGUUGAUGUGAUUCUGGACAGUCCUGUUCAUCCUGUGACUGAAGGAGAUAAUCUGACUCUACGCUGUUUAUAUCGAGAUAAAAAACCCUCUAACCUGAGAGCUGAAUUUUAUAAAGAUGGAUCAGUGGUGCAGAAUCAGACUACAGGAGACAUGAUGAUCAUCCAUACAGUCUCAAAGUCACAUGAGGGUUUCUACUACUGUAAACACCCAGAGAGAGGAGAGUCUCCAAAGAGCUGGAUCUCAUUGACAGAUGUAAAACCAAUUCUGACUGUGCAGCCACAGACGUCUGUGUUCAUUGGAGACUCAGUUACUCUGAUCUGUGAGGUUCAUCAGUCCACUGGAUGGGAGUUUAUCUUCAUAAACCCUUCAAACACUGAAUCCACUGAAACUACAGGAACUAAAACAAUCAGAUAUGUGCGAGUCUCUGAUGGAGGAGAGUACAAGUGCAGAGCUGGAAGAGGAAACCCUCAGGUUUACACACAAUACAGUCAACCAAUAACAGUGACAGUACAGGAAAGACCAACACCUCAAGUGUCUGUUUGGCCUGAUUAUCUCUUAUUCAGAGGAGAAACUGUCACUCUCACAUGUGUCAUCAAUGGAGGAGGAGUCAGCAGCUGGCAGUACAGCUGGUAUAAAGAUUCAAUCAUCCAGCAGAAUAAACUUCAGUAUUACACAAUCAGAUCUGUUACUGAGUCUGACGCAGGUAAAUACACCUGUAAAGGAACAGAGACCAGAGGAUCACGAUACUCACACAUCAGUAAUGAAGUUACACUGACAGUAUCAGUUCUGGCUCUAAAUAGAACCAUUUCUUUUAAGAGUGUAUCAUACAUUAAUUUAUCUCUUAUAAAGAUGAUUUUCUUCUCAGGUGUUUCUCCUUCAGUCUCUCUGAUCAUCAGACCCAACAGAUCUCAACACUUCUCAUCUGAAUCUCUCUCUCUGAGCUGUGAGGAUCACAGUAACUCUACUGGAUGGACAGUGAGAAGAUACACAGACAAACUGAAACCUUGUUCAUCAUCAGACUGGAGAUCUACAGAAACAACAUCUACAUGUAUAAUCAGAUCUCUUAUCACAUCUGAUACUGGAGUGUACUGGUGUCAGUCUGAAUCUGGAGAGAAACUUCAUCCUGUUAAUAUCUCAGUACACAAUGUUGAUGUGAUUCUGGACAGUCCUGUUCAUUCUGUGACUGAAGGAGAUAAUCUGACUCUACGCUGUUUAUAUCGAGAUAAAAAACCCUCUAAUCUGAGAGCUGAAUUUUAUAAAGAUGGAUCAGUGGUGCAGAAUCAGACUACAGGAGACAUGAUGAUCAUCCCUACAGUCUCAAAGUCACAUGAGGGUUUCUACUACUGUAAACACCCAGAGAGAGGAGAGUCUCCAAAGAGCUGGAUCUCAGUCAGAGGUGUUUAUCAGGUGAUGUCUGGUCUAAAGAUUUUAUCUUUUCUGCUGGCAGUUUGUCCAUAUCUGUUAUCAACAGUCGUGCUGGUUAUCAAAUGCUGUAGAUUGAGAGGUGAAUCAUCUGUCUGAAUUAUUGGGUCAUUACAUUUGAUUAUUAUACUGAAUUUAAACAUAUUAGUUCAUAUUGUCAUUAUCACUGGAUGUUUCUAGAUUAUAUCUGAAUAAAAUAACAUUGAUAUCUGUAUGAUGGAUGAGUUUUGUUGAAUUUGUUGUGGCCUCUUGAAUUUGUAUUAUAUUUCACUGUAUUAGGACGCUCAUCUGUGUCUGUCCUUUGAUUUUUCUAAUGUUUCUUCUUUAUCUACUUAAACAUCUUUGUUCAUUUUGCUUAUUAUAGUCACCCUUAGCUUGCUCACUGAGGGAUUUGUCAGCCACUUUUCUUCAUAAAGGGUCUUUGAAAUUAUGUGCAUUUAAUUGAAAAGUGUUAAAUGUGCAAAAUAAAUUGAAAUCAACCUGU